AUGUCAGAGAAGCCGGAGGACCCGAAGGAUUUCCUGCCCACGGAGAGGAAGUCCACGUGGAGGACGGCCGAGGAGAGGCGCAUGUCCGACCUCACGCGGGUGCUGGAGUGGCUGGAGCGGAGGCAGGGGAAGAAGCAGCAGGCGCCCCAGAAACAGACCAUGCCAGUAGCACCCCCUAAAGCAACUGUGAAGGAGAAAAAGAAAGUUAAAAUCACCCCGAAACAGGCAACAAAAGACACCCGACGGGUGUCAUUCUCUGAGCAGGCCUCAAAGCUGCCCUCCAGGAAGGAGGGGGACCCCGUCAGGUACCGAAGGCUGUACAGUAUGGACACCAAGGGGAAGCGCCUGAGCAUGGUCCCCGCCAACUACAGCAAGGACGGCCUCAUGAAGUCCGUCUCGGAGCUGGACAACAAGGACUCCAACACCCCAGAGCCCGCUCAGCGCUUAAUGCCCUACUACCGACAAAGCGUGGCCGACCCCGGCACACAGGACAUAGCCUUUGCCGGGCGGAAGUCGACCCUCCUGAGAGACUGGGUGGGCAAGAUUCCCGACUCCUCCUACGAGCGCAGGCUGAGGAACCUCUUGGACAAGAACGCGGAGCCCAAGCCGGACUUGGUGAAGGCGCUGAAGCCGGAGGAGGUGCUGAGCUGCCGGUACCUGAGGCUGUCCAAGAACAACAUCCGGACUCUGCUCAAGCUGUGCCGAGACGCGGGGCUGGUGGUCGACAUCCACCCCCACAUGGUCGAGGCGGAGAUCGACGCCAAGAAGGUGUUCGCCACGAACCCCACCGUGGCCCUCUAA